GUGGAUUUGCAUCUAGCUACACUUCCCUAAGCCAAAAGCCCCAUUCUGCUGCUCUGUGAGUACCUUUUGCGGGUUCAGAGGCAGUAGUUUUAGCUUUAGGAAACCUAUUUCUCUCAUACACAUCAUAUUCAUAGAAUAAUAGAAAGGUUUGGUUUGGAAGGGACGUUUAUGAUCAUCUAGUUCCAACCCCCAGCCCACAUUUUUGGAAACUGUAAGCUUAAAGUGGACGAACUGAAGUCUACAAGCCAUCAAAAUGAAUAUGAGAGUGUGCAGAAUACACCACUGUGUACCCUCGUACUUGGGAGCCAAGGGCCCGAGCCCACAGCCUCCAUGAGGCGGUGACCGUGAUGUCACAGUGGGUGGCAGGGAGCGGCCAUUGUGACCCGUGAGGCUUGGAACAGAGCAAAGGCUGCCGGGCUCAGGCCCAGUCAGUGCGGCCUGGUGAGGCGCAGAGAGAGCAGGGACUCUCGCAGUGCUCACCGUUGACGCAGAUGAUGUGUGACAGGAAGCGGAAGGCCUCCGACUCAGAGGAGCCAGCGUGCGUGCUGUGCGUCCAGGAAGAUGUUGACCCGGACAUCUGCGGACGCACAUUUGAGCUGUAUGGGUUAUUGGUCCAUGAGUUCUGCUUGAUUUUUGCCCACAUUGACUUUGAAGACAGACCUACGCUGGAAGGAAAUGUGGGCCUCCCCUUUUUUACCAUCACACGCAAGGCCAAGCAGGCAAACCAGAAGCAAUGCUGUGUUUGUGGCGAGAGGGGAGCUGCUAUCACAUGCGCAGAGAGCGGCUGUGAACGAAGCUUCCAUCUGCCCUGCGCCGCGGAUGGGGAGUGCAUCACGCAGUUCUUUGGAGAGCACAGGUCCUUCUGCUGGGAGCACCGCCCUCGACAGGCAGCAGGGACGGCGCCAGCAGAAGACAGCACCUGUGUCAUCUGCCAGGAGAUGGUGGGGGACAGAUUGUCCUACCACACCCUGGUGUGCCCAGCGUGCACACAGGCCUGGUUCCACCGGGUCUGCAUCCAGCGACAGGCCUUGAAUACGGGCACUAGGCACUUCCAGUGCCCAGGUUGCCGAGACAAAACUCUCUUCUGUACUGAAAUGUCCACGAUGGGGAUCCAAAUCCCAGCCAGACCAUCACGGGAGAACAAUGAUGCAGACGCAUCGCUUCUAUGGAGGCUCAGGUGCUGCAGUGCCAUCCAGUGCUUUCACCCUGAGGGCAGAGAGCAGACAGAAGAAGAGGGGCCCUGGCAGCUGAUCCGGUGCAGCUCCUGUGCUGCAGAGAGCACCCACAGACAAUGCUCCUACUCGAGCAUCAGAGGGAACAUGUGGGACUGCGACAUCUGUGCUGGCCUGGGGACCGCCACCAGCAGCAUCUUGCUGCUCUCCCGGUGCAGCACUGCCAGCCAGGAGGGCCUGGGGCCAUCACACAGUUCCCAGCUGCCCGAACUCAGCAGCGAGACGAGUGAGCCGGAGACUGAAGACAAGACAAUCUGCUCACAAUUUCCUGACCUGCAAGAUACAUCAAAGCAGCGUCAAGCACAGCGUGGGAGCGGACAUACACCAGUCCCAAGCGCUGAAAGGAGCUCCCACCCAUCCACCAGACGGGGCACGUCACAGUCCUCCAGAGAGGCCACAGCGGCUGCACGCCUUAGAAGGCGCCCCAGGCAGCGGGGAACAAGCCGCAUACGAAGCCGCUCCCCGCUGCAAGGUCGGGCCCUGAGUUCCCAGAGCCGGACCAGAAGACCUGGAGGCAGCAGGCAAACACCAGCUGCAGCUGCUCACAGCAGGACCCCCAGCACAACCAGACAGGUGACACGGAGCUCGCUGAGGGCUUCCCUGCAUUCAGACUCUGGGGGAUGGCCCAGGCAGCCAGGGGAGGCCCGCACACGAAGCCAUUGCUCAGUGGCACGUCGAGCCACAAAUGUCCACAGCCGGCCCUGAGGAGGCUGCAGGAGCCGGUUCCAACAGUGGCGGCUAUCCCCACUGCCAUGAAGGCACUGCUGGGUCCAAGACGGAAGCCAACAUCCCCCCACCUACACCUCCACUCAGCCCCAGAAAAGAUGGCACGGAAGCAGCCGCGUGCCAGCACCACGUGCUGGCUCUCGUCCCAAGUGGCCACCACAAUAAACCCAGCCAUCCCCCCCACAUUUCUU